UUGUAAGUGGAUAUGAAAUUAUGAAAAUGUUGGUGUCCACAUAGUCUUCCCAUUGAAGUAAAGUUAGUUGAACAUUGAGUGAGAAAGUGGCCAACCAUAUACCAUACAUCAUACCCUUCUUUAUUUUCUCUUUCUCUCAUCAUCAUCAUCAUGAAAUUACUAUAAGUCCCACAAAUACAAAGAAAAUUAAUUAUAAACUCCAUAAAAAGGUGAAAGUUUGCUAGAACAAGAAAAGUAACAAACCAAAGGAAUUGGAUUCUAAGAGAGAGAAAGAGAGAAGUAUUAUCAAUCAAUUAUGUGGUGCUGGAAAGAAGAAGGAGGCUAGAGAGAGAGAGAGAGAGUUUCUUCUUUUUUGGUCUGUCUUUGUAACUUUGACAGUACUUUUUGCAACUUUGGAAGCUCUGUGACAACUAACAAGCUUGAAAAUAAAAUAGAGAUGCUGCCUCCUUUCCGUCGAUCGUUCUGGAAGAAACAGGAAUGCUACUGAGAUGGGAAAGAAGGGGAGUUGGUUUGCAGCAAUCAAGAGGGUUUUUACACACCACUCUAAGGGGAAGGAUUCAGAAAACAAAAGCACAAAAGAGAAGAAGAAAGGUGUAGGAAAACUAAAGCAUGGAGAGACCAAUUCUUUCAUCCCCCUCUUCAGAGAACCAAGCAGCAUUGAGAAAAUAUUUGGUGACUUUGAAAGAGAACAGCAAGUACUUGCAAUUAGGCCUCCCACACCUCCCGAGCGACCAAAAACGCCACCUUUCGUCCCUCCUAGAGUUGCUUCUCCUAGGCCUCCUUCUCCUAAGCCUCCUUCUCCAAGGGAUCCAUCUCCAAGGGCCGCUUCUCCGCGAGUUACCUCUCCAAAAGCGGCAUCUUCGCGGAAUGUUCAUCAACACAAGGAGGUUCGCUACAGACCAGAACCAACUUUACAGAACCAGCAUGUCUCGGCGACUAAGAUCCAGUCUGCUUACAGAGGUUAUAUGGCCAGGAAGAGUUUUAGAGCUCUGAAAGGUUUGGUAAGGCUUCAAGGAGUGGUAAGAGGACAGAAUGUGAAGAGGCAGACAGUUAAUGCCAUGAAACACAUGCAGCUGUUAGUGCGAGUUCAGUCUCAGAUUCAAUCUCGAAGAAUCCAGAUGUUAGAAAACCAGGCACGAUAUCAAGCCGAGUUCAAGAAUGAAGCUGGAAGUACCUUGGGGAAAAGUGCUUUAGGACACGGUUCUGAGGCAGGUAACAAUGAAGAUUGGGAUGAUAGCUUACUGACAAAAGAGGAAGUAGAAGCGAGGUUGCAGAGGAAGGUUGAAGCAAUCAUCAAAAGAGAGAGAUCAAUGGCAUUUGCAUAUUCACAUCAGUUAUGGAAGGCCACUCCAAAAUCAACUCAAACGCCUGUGACAGAUAUGCGAUCCAGCGGAUUCCCGUGGUGGUGGAACUGGUUGGAAAGACAAUUACCAGCAUCAAAUCCACCAGAAAAACAGGUUCUGAAGAAUUUCCAAUUCACACCACCAAGACCAUAUUCAGAACAAAAGACAAGUCCAAGACCUGGCUCAAGCUCUCAAAGGCCUUUUGCCUUUGAUAACAUGGAUACACCAACUCCAAAAUCAACAAGAUCGACUAUAUUUCCAUCUUCAAGACCAUCUAGAACUCCUCCAUUUAGAACUCCACAAGGAAACACUUCAAGCGCGACGUCAAAAUAUUCAAGGCCAAGGGGAGUAGGAUCCAAUUCACCUUUCGACGUACCGUUGAAGGACGAUGAUAGUCUCACAAGCUGUCCACCGUUCUCCGUUCCAAACUACAUGGCUCCAACUGUUUCUGCUAAGGCCAAAGUACGUGCUAGUAGUAAUCCAAGAGAAAGAUUUGGCGGUGGUAGUAGUGGCUGUGCAACUCCAACAAGCACUGAUUCAAAGAGGAGAGUCUCAUUUCCUUUGUCACAAGGAAUAGGGUCAUUCAAAUGGAAUAAAGGGUCAAUGUUCUCUAGAAAUAAGGAUCCUCAUGGCUCUCACAGGACACCAGAUAAAUACCAGUCACUUGAAUCUAUUGGAAAUGUGAGUGUGGAUUCAGCUGUAUCCUUGCCUGCAAGGGUUGAAAGAAAGCCUUUUACAAGAUUUGUGUGAUUUAAUUCUUUCUUUUUUAACCAUUUUUAUUUUUGUCUAAUGUUUUGGUGGUGUUAUUGUCAGUUGUAUUAUGAUUAUGAUUAUGAUUAUGAUUGAGAGUGUAUUAGUGGUGAUGAUAGUUUGACAGAAGUAUACUCCAUUGUAAAACUAAUAAAAAAAACAUAAUAGGAAAUAAUGGUUUGAUAACUUUUGAUUUGAAACUUUUGUUUUUUGAGCUUAA